AAAAAAGGAAAUGCAAGAUUCCACUUGAAAUUACACACGCUUCGCGGCUGCCGCUGGUUUUUCCUCGGUUUGUCACUUUCCUCUUCCCACUCAGCCUUUCUCAAAACACAUCGUUAUUCAUUCCGAACGCCCAACCCCACUUUGGAUUUCUCUACAUUUGUCUUCUCCGACGAUCUCAUUCUCCGCCCCUUUCGCUCUCUCAAUUUUCUUUCAUUUUCUCGCGAUCUUCAUUUCUCCAAUUCCCCUGCGAAAUCUGAUUCCAUUCUGUCAUCCGUUUUCUCAGUUCGCUAUAGUUGCGAGCCCCUUCCACGCAUGGCUGCUCUUGUAAAAUGACAAGAACUAAAGGUUAGGGUUUUUUUCUUUUCUUUUUUUGAGUGUGGCUUGGUGAGAUAUGUGAGUAGCUCUUGCUUCGCUUUCAAGGUUGGGCUAGUGAAGCUUGGGUUUGUUUCUUGGAUGAUUUGCUAAGUCUCGUUGUGUUUUGAAAUUAGGGUUUGUGUUUGUCGGUAGAAAAGGAGGUGGGACUAGGAAUUAAGAGGGACUAGUUUGAAGGAAGAUGCCGCCGGUGGAGGCGUCUGUUCCCGCCGGCGACGACGGGGUCCAGUACUCGUUUGCUGUGGAGUACCAUGGUCCGCCGGUGGCCUACGAUCUCCCGCGGGCCAUUCCUAUCAACGUCGAGAGAAUCCCUGUUGCGUCGGUCGUUGCUCAGGUUCCUCUAUCCAAUAAAUUGGCUUUGCCGGUGGUUCAACCGAUAUCAGCACCAGACCCUCCAAAUAAGGCAUUCUCCAAAGAGCUGAAGAGUAGAGGUUCUGUUGUUGCUGUUUCUCCGACUUCUGUGAUUGCCUUCGAGAGGCGAACUGAAGUGCAUGGAGAUUGUGUUUCGAAAGAGCUGGGGUCAGGUUCUGAAGUUACUGUUUCUCCGACUUCUGUAAUUGGUUUCGAGGGGAGAGACACGCACGGUCAUGAUUGUGUAUUGUCAGGUGAAUUUAGUAGCUCUGGAGUUUUAGAGUCCUCCAAUGGACGUACUGAGUCUAGUGAACUAACAGAUUCGAUUGAUAGGACUGAUUUGGGCUCGUCCUCCAUUAAUCACGAACAUUCACACGAGUUAUUAGGUGAAGGUGGAAGCUCGGGGACAUUAGAAUUCUCCGACAGUUUUGUAAAAUCACGGGACAGAUCAAGCUCUGGUGCUUUAGGGGUUUCAAAUGGUUGCAGGGAGAGCUUGGAUUUUAAUGAUUUGAAUCCGCCAGAUUGGGCCUCCACAGAGUCUGUAUUGAGUUUAGAUUAUCCAUCUUCAAGAGUUUCUUCUUUCAAGGCCGGGGAUUGCAAGAGUGGACCCAGUUUUGAUGUUAGACGGCCACCGGUUGUAACUUUUUGUGAUAUCAAUUUAAGUGAUAAUGCGGAUGAGGAAUAUGGCUGUGAGGAAGCCAAAACUGUCCAAGCAAAGAAAGAACCUGAUGUAAAACCCCGGAAAGGAUCAUGUUAUCGAUGCUUUAAAGGAAACAGGUUCACAGAAAAGGAGGUUUGCAUUGUUUGUGAUGCAAAAUAUUGUGGCAAUUGUGUGCUCAGAGUUAUGGGGUCUAUGCCAGAGGGAAGGAAGUGUGUUACUUGCAUUGGAUUUCCUAUUGAUGAGUCAAAACGAGGGAGCUUGGGAAAAUGCUCCCGAAUUCUCAAGCGAUUGCUUAAUGACUUAGAGGUUCGACAAAUUAUGAAGGCUGAGAAGUUUUGUGAAGUAAAUCAGCUACCGCCAGAGUAUGUAUGUGUGAAUGGAAAGCCUCUUUGUCAAGAGGAGCUUGCUUUAUUGCAGAGCUGCCCAAACCCGCCGAAGAAGUUAAAACCAGGGAGCUACUGGUAUGACAAAGUAUCUGGUCUUUGGGGAAAGGAAGGGCAAAAACCCAGCCAGAUAAUUACUCCCCAUUUGAAUGUUGGGGGUCCCAUUGAGGCAAAUGCUAGCAAUGGAAACACACAAAUUUUUAUGAAUGGUCGAGAGAUAACAAAAGUAGAGCUGCGAAUGUUGCAGUUGGCAGGAGUACAGUGUGCUGGUAACCCUCAUUUUUGGGUGAAUGAAGACGGUUCGUACCAAGAAGAGGGACAGAAGAAUACAAAAGGGUAUAUUUGGGGCAAGGCCGGAACAAAGCUCGUUUGUGCAUUCUUGUCACUGCCUGUUCCUUCUAAAUCUGCAAGUAUGUGUGGAGAUCAAGUUAACAAUCUGGUUAGCAGACCUGUCCCUGACUAUGUUGAGCAGAGAACACUUCAGAAGCUUCUUUUAGUUGGAUAUAAUGGAUGUGGAACAAGCACCAUAUUUAAGCAGGCAAAAAUUCUUUAUAAAGAAAUCCCCUUUACAGAGGAUGAGCGUGAAAAUAUUAAGCUGAUGAUUCAAGGCAACGUGUAUCGCUAUCUGGGCAUACUCCUUGAGGGCCGUGAGCGUUUUGAAGAAGAGAGUUUGAAAAACCAAACUUCUAGUGAUUAUGUUAUCAGAGGAAAGAACAGAGGAGAUGAUGACAGAACUAUCUAUUCUCUUGGUCCAAAGCCGAAAGCAUUCUCGGAUUGGCUUCUCAAAACUAUGGUGUCUGGUAAUCUGGAGGCCAUUUUUCCAGCUGCAACUCGAGAAUAUGCUCCUCUAGUCGAGGAGUUGUGGAAUGAUGCAGCCAUUCAGUCCACAUACAACAGGAGAAGUGAGUUGGAAAUGCUGCCUAGUGUUGCCAGUUAUUUCUUGGAACGGGCUGGUGACAUCUUGCGAAUGGAUUACGAGCCCUCAGAUAUGGACAUCCUAUAUGCUGAGGGUGUUACUUCAUCCAAUGGGCUUGCUUGUGUGGACUUUUCAUUUCCCCAGUUAGGACCUGAUGAUAACAUUGACAGUGCUGAGCAGCAUGAUCUUUUGCUUAGAUAUCAACUGAUUAGAGUCCAUCCGAGAGGCCUUGGGGAAAACUGCAAGUGGUUGGAGAUGUUUGAAGAUGUUAGAAUUGUCAUUUUUUGUGUUGCCUUGAGUGACUACGAUCAGUUCUCUGUUGAUGGGACUGGUGCUCUGGUUAACAAGAUGCUGCUAAGCAGGAAGUUCUUUGAAAGCAUUGUUAAUCAUCCCACUUUUUAUCAGAUGGAUUUCCUUCUCAUCCUGAACAAAUUUGAUCUGUUUGAGGAAAAGAUAGAACAGGUUCCGCUCACUCAGUGCGAAUGGUUUGAUGACUUCCAUCCGGUAAUUAGUCAUCAUCGCUCCAGCAGCAACAGCAGCAGCAUUAAUCACAGCCCUUCACUGGGACUGCUUGCAUUCCACUAUAUUGCAGUCAAGUUCAAGAAGUUUUACACAUCUCUAACAGGGCGCAAGUUGUAUGUUUCUCUGGUAAAGGGUUUGGAGCCCAGUAGUGUUGAUGGGGCUCUCAAAUAUGCAAGGGAAAUUCUGAAGUGGGAUGAAGAGAGAAUGAACUUCAGUUUGAGUGAAUAUUCAAUUUAUAGCACAGAGGCAAGUUCCUUCUCUCCUUGAUGCAUAUUGGAAAAAGCUUUUAAAUGGAGGUUUAUUCCUUUUUUAAUCAUUGCCACUGUACAUAUGAGGGCAUGUAAAGAACAGCACGGCAGAGGUUGGCUGAGCUGCUGCAGAUGUUUCUUCCUCGAGUAAAUACAAAUAGCAGCCCAAGUUUUCAAAAGACCAGACGAGUAGUCGUUCAACUGUCAUGCAGUGGUUGUGGGAGCAGCAUUCCCGCCCAAGUUUAUCACGAAAUACUGAGAUGUUCAUGUAUUCUUGUUUAAUCCAUUUUGUAUUUUAAUGUUGUGCUUAAUAACCUGUAACUGCAAUCUGCAAAUUUGAUUUGAUAAUAUUCAUUUGUAAUAUAAUGAUGAAACGCAUCUUUGCUCA